AUGAGAUGCAAUAAGGGAUUCUUGAGAAGAAUUGUGGCCAAACAAAGUCUGAAACAACUUAGUCAUCAAGAAUUGAUACAACUGACUAAAGUAGCUAUUGACAAUGUUAUUGAAAGUGAUCCAUUGUUCUCUACAUUAUUCUUAGAAAGUUACGAUAGAAGAACUUACAUCACAGAUCAAGAAUUGAUACGACUGACUAAGGUAGCAGAGACUAAGGUAGAGUAUAUUAUUGAAAGUGAUCCACUUCUCUCUGGAUUACUUUCAAAUGUUAGGAUAGAGGAGCUCACAUCACAGAUUGAUGUUGCACAAGGACAAGCUAUAACUUUAUUCCAAAAUCAUAGAGAAUUGCCAAAACUUGUAGUAGUUCUACCACGUGACAAGACAGUUUUUGAUCUUAAGAAGACUAUGGAACGACACAUGUGUUUAUCUUUUGUAAGGGAAAACGUCCGGAAGGUUCUACCAAGUGACAGGACAGUUCUUGAUCUUGAGAAAGUUGUUGUGCGAAGGCUAUCGUGUGUAUUUUGAAGAGAAAACAUCAGAAAGUAUUACAAAUUGUGCUGCAUUGCAUUUUAUGAAGAAACGUUGGAAAAGA